AUGCAUUGCAAUCAAAUUCUUAUUAUAAAUAAGAGUGCUGUAGCAAAGAAUAAAAUAUCAAGAGACAUAGUAAAGAUUAAUAACGAAAAUUUGAAAGAAAGACGAGAAAAUCUCUUUAUCGUUCAAGAUCCCAAAAGUGCAUUUGACGUCAAUAAUUAUAAAGUUUUUGAACGAAAUAUUAAAUAUUUUAAAGGCAAAGAUCUAUUUGUUGCUGAUGUUAUAUCACAAAGCUCAGCCUCACAAAAUAUUAAUAAAAAUUUUCAAGAGUGAGAUCCAACUUGUUUACUGGAUGAUGGCUCUGUUUUUUGCUGCUUCCAGGCAGAAACUUUUAUUAUCACUCCAAAUAAUUCAAUAAUUCCUUUGGACUCCUCUAAAUAUGGUCCACUUUCUGGGCUCAUUGCAGUUAAUUAUUUUGUUUAUAUGUUUGAAGGAACUGCCAAUGCUUCAUUAAAAUUUUCACAAGAGCUAAACGAUUGAACAGCGAUUGCUCAGUAUCCAGUGUCAAAUAACAGAUAUAUUUCUUGUGCAUUUAUUAAUGGUGCGAUAUUAAUUGGAGGCUAUGAUUCUCCAAGUAUGCAUGGAUAUAUUGUUUCGAAUAAUUUAUACGCAAAUAUCCCUAUCACAUUAAAUUUUACACAUUACAAUAGUAAUAUGCUUCAAAAAGAGAAAAAGGCUUGGGCCUUAACUUUAGGGUUUGAGUUUAGAAAAUAUGGAUAA